AUGGAAGGCCAACAGCAACCAAAUGAUCAUCAAGAAGGUGGUGGGGGCAGCAAAAGCACUUUUCUAUGCAGGCAAAGCAGUACAAGGUGGACACCUACUACUGACCAGAUUCGAAUAUUGAAGGAACUUUACUACAACAAUGGAGUUAGGUCUCCAAGUGCUGAGCAGAUUCAGAGGAUCUCAGCUAGGCUGAGACAGUACGGUAAGAUUGAGGGCAAAAACGUCUUUUAUUGGUUUCAGAACCACAAGGCUCGUGAGAGGCAGAAGAAGAGAUUCACCACUGAUCAUCAUCACCAUAACAUCCCCUGCAUCCAACAACAAAGACCUCCUCCUCCUCCUACUCAUACUCAUCCUUGGAGAUCUGAUCAAGACCCCAUUCACAACAACAACAAAUACCCUACCAUCCGUCCUGGGGUUUCAUCAUCUCCAUCUUCUUCUUCUGGCAUGCUUGGCGUGGGACACAUGGGAAGCAAUGGGUAUGGAUAUGUGACCAUGGAGAAGAGUUUUAUGGACUGUUCAAUAUCACCAGGUGGUGGUGGCGGAUCUAUGGGGCGCAAUUUUGGAUGGGGUGGCGUUGAUUCAUAUCCUUUAUCCUACCCUUUAUGUGACAUGAAAAAGUCAUAUGAUGAAACCCUUGAAGAUGAACAAGAAGACCAAGCCCCUGAGAUAGAAACCCUCCCUCUCUUCCCAAUGCAUGCCGACAACAUCUCCGGCUUCUGCGGUAUCAUGCCGGAAUCUAACAGCUACUAUGACAGUAAGGGCACUCCUCGUACCUCCCUUGAGCUUAGCCUCAACUCCUUCCCCGGCUGGUCACCGGAGUAA